AAACUAUAUAUUUAUGUGAAAGUAAAGACAUUACAGAUAUUUAUACAAUUGUGGUACAUUAAUAAUACAGAAUGGUUGUUUUACAGAAAGGUGUAUUUGUAUGAAAAGGAUAAAACCAGCUGUAUUACGUUUCGCAGGAUAUCUUUUGUUAGUGGCCAUUAUUUCUGCACAAUUAUUAGCCUUAAAUGACCCAAUUUAUUUACACACAUUACACAAAUGCGGGAACAACAAUGAUACCGAAAAUGAGUUCCUCCUGCGCCGUGUUUCCAGCCGGAAGAAAUAAAUGCGACAUGACGCGGAAAAAUCAUGUGUAAUGCAUAAUGUAUUACACAUGACAGCACAGACGCGUGAUAUUUAUGUGAUAUAUAUUCAUAAACAUCACUUAAUGUGCACUUACCAACAAUAACUGAUAGGUAAACGAAUAAUUCGCCGGCUGUUUUAGCAAGCUGUUCAUAGUUCAGACAGUUCUUGUUGUAAACAACCACUCGGUCAUCGGGUUCAAAUAUGGACCCAAAACACAAAAGACUGCUCCGAUCUCAGCGACUUUUUCUAGCCGAGGAGCUAUUAGUGGACGACAUGAUCAUACAGUAUUUAUACCAGGAGGAGAUCUUAACGGAGAGUCAUUUAGAGGAGAUUAGAUCGGAGUCGUCUAACAGGAAAAAAACGCUCAAGCUGCUGGAUAUUCUGCCAACGCGGGGUUCGCACGCCUUUCAUCGCUUUAUUCAGUCAUUAGAGAAAGAUUUUCCCUGGAUCAAAGACAAAUUACUGGGACUUUGUGCUGAAGACAGCGAGCCUCCUCUUCCGUGCUUCUCAGUUCAGUGUGGUGUUCCCGACCACAUCCUUCCGACUGUUCCAACCUCGCAGCAUCUGAACCGCUUGGCCGCUCAUCUGGGUUCAGAGUGGAAGUCUGUGCUGCUGGACCUGGGUCUGUCCUCAGCGGAUCUGUACCGCUGCUGCGCUGACCAGCCCCUCUCGGUUCAGAGUCAGGUGCUCGCUGCGCUGGUGAUGUGGACGCAGAGGAACGGAAGAGAAGCCACGGUGCGGCGGCUGCUCCAGAGCCUGCAGGCCGCAGACAUCCCGCCCUCUGUCCUCCAACAGGUGUUUGUGUGACAUCACAAGUUGUGUUUUUCUGGACUUCAUGCUGCUCUUGAGCUGUGGAAAACACGGCAGACACUGAAGGAGGAGAAACACUGUCCUUGCGUGACUUUUUGUUACAGGAAUGUACUGAAACUUCAUUAUACAUCUAAAAUGGCUCGAAAAAAUUAUGAAAUUGAUCAUGUCGUACUGUGCCAUAUGUGUGCCUUUUAAUAUUAAAAUUUAUUUUCUUAAUUAUGCUUCCGGAAUAUAUUUUGUAUUGCCCUUAAUAGUGUCCAUUUUUGUUUGACAUUAUUCUUAAAUACAUUUUACACCUUUUUUUGGAAUGUAAAUAUUGCCUUGUUACUUUAACAUAACAUUGUAGUAAGAGAACAACUGUUUAAAUAAAGGUUCAAUAAAAAAUAAAUUGAAUCUA